UAGAAACAAACAAAAAGAGCUAGAGAGAGGAGGAGGAGGAAGCAGACACAGAAAGGAAGGGCAGGAAAGAAGGAGAACAAUUCCAGUUACUGGUCAUUGAAGACUUCUCAUCUCAGGGCUGGCUGCCAAACCACAUAGGGCCAAGAAGAUGAACAGCUGUUCCAGUCCGACUUUCUAGAGCUCAUAGGUACAUUAUAAUUCUUCUAGACUCCUUUGAGGCUCCAGAACAUCUCUAUCAAGCAUGAAGGACCAGAAGCAGCAGCAGCAGACGAGUUCCCCCCACAAAGACUCUCUGACCCAAAGCGACGGGCCAGAGAUUGAUGACUCUUCCAGCUUGAGUCCCAAAAAGGAAAAAAAUGGCUCUCUGAGAAUUGGAAGCUUCAAGAAAACCUUCUCAUGGAAGAACAAAGUGGUAUCUGGUGACCACGUGGUGGAGAAGAAGCCCAUCCGUGGGAGCUUAAAUUCAUUCCUUAACUCCUUCCAAAAGGUGGAGGAGAAAGAAGCAGACAAAUCUAAGACAUCAUCUCAACAGGUAUCCCCUGAAAGGGAGCCUCUGGAGGAGGAGUCUGAAGCAGAUUCCUCCAGCAAGACCAAGUCAGAAAAAACAAAGGACCCCCAGCAAGAGAAACAAAGAAACUCUAGCAAGCCUUGCUCUCCCACCCAGAGCCAGACUGGAAGGAAGCUUAGUGUCGACUCCAUUAACUCCUGUACUGGGAAGGAGGAGGAUGUUGGUCUUGGGCUGUCCAACUUCAAGAGGACUAUUUUAAGGAAGAGCAAGAGGGAAAGUAGCGCUGAGGGCCAGGCAGCUGAGGAAAGUGGCUUUCUGCGAAAGAGCUCACGCUUUCUCAAGUCUUUCAGGAAAAAUGAGGAGGAAGGGACCAGCCGAGCUCCAAGGAUACCAAAGAGAUCCCUUGGGUCCCCUGAAGAAGAACCCUCAGAGAUCACAAUGGAAAUAGAAGAAGAAAAGUCCGUCUCUGAGCUCAUUGCUGAACGGCAGCUGCUGAAAGCCUUUUCCCAGCUGAGUCAGCAGGAGGCCAGCCUUGUAGAGGACCAUUGCUUGGGGAGGUUCAAGGACGAUCCCACUGCCUAUGUUCGCCAGGCCAUGGACAUCUGUCUUCAUUAUGACUUGAUGGUGGCCGAGAUCGGGAACAUUGUGGAGGAGACUCUGAGCCAGCCGGGGGUGGACUCGGAGGCUCUGAAGUGUGUGGGGCAGCUGGUUGAGAAGGAGGAGGAGCUUCACCCAGACCUGCCCCACACUGACUUCCUGAGAGAUCCUCGGAAGUGGAGACACCGGUGGGAGGAGACAGUGAAGAAGAGUGCCCGGGACCGAGUGGGGAAGGUGGGUCAGGGCACUGGGGAAUCGAGCCAGGCCAGCCUCCUUGCGGACGUGGGCAGGGUGGUCAAGCAGGAUCUGAAGAAGAUCUGGAGGGACGUGCAUCACUGCUACCCCAAAGACUUCCCAGUGUGGAAGACCUACAAGGAUGCCUUCCACGAAGUCGUGUCUGGCUGGCUUCAGGAGCUCCUGCAGGAGGCUCACAGCUUUGAGCAGCUUUAUGUGAUCAUGGACUGGGUAGCCAAUGUCUACUGUAAGGAAAUUGAGACCCACGACAUGCCCAAAGUCAUAGAAAUAGUAUGUGUCCAAGAGGUGAUGGGCAAGAUCAAGGUUAUGACCAUCUCUGUGUGUCUUAGCAAGGACUUCCUGGACUUCCUGGACCUGGACGAAGAUAUGACAACAAUGCCAAAUCCGCUGUCUCCUGAGGUGUGGGAAAAACUAGAAAAUGACUACACCAAGUUACUGGAGACCAGGAUCAACAGCUGCUUUGAUGGCAUUCUAAAGCUGGAACUGGACCAGUGGUCAGAAAGGAAGAGCCCCAGUCUGCUUCUGGAUCUCUAUCACUCCUCCAUCUCCAUCGACAUUCACACGCUGGUUGAGGAGCAUGUGAAGACAGCAGAGAACAUCUCCUUGGGGCUGAAGGCUACCACGUUACAGAUCUUGGAGAAGUCAUUGAAUGAAUUCAUCCCCAGGUUUGAAAAGAAGUUCCUGGACUCGGACUCUGUCAAAGAUCAGACCCUGCACCUGCCCUACCUGUGUGCCUACAUCAAUGCCUUCCAGGAGCUAAAGACCAAUCUACCUAUCAAAUUCACGAGCAGCUUUAAGACUGUGGCAACAACUCUGUCUGAGGUGAUUAACAGCUUCAAAAAGCAAAUGUUGGUCCAUUUGUAUCGAGAAACACAGGUCCUAUUCAAGGAUGUGGGCAACAAGGCUUGGUUGACUACCGACAAGCUACAGCCGAUCAUGGAGAAGGUGGUCCACUUUGCCAAGCACCUGAAGUACCUGGCUCAACCCCACAGUCAGGAGUGUCUGCAGGAAAUGCACUGCUAUGUGAUUCGGGAAUACGUGGCCCAUGUGCUGAAGCCACGAGAGCGGCUUCGAGGAGCAGACCGAGUGGCCAGUGCCUCCAAGAUGAGCCAGGAAUCGGAUGCCAUUGGCUGCACCUUUCAAUUUCUGGGCUCGGAAGCUUCUUGGCUGGAUUUGGCAAUCCCCUGCAUCUCAGACAUCCUGAAAGAGACCCACAAAGAGGACAUUAAAAAACAUAUUGAAGCCCUCAUCAGGGGUUACCCGGACAUCAGGCAGGAGCAUGUGGCUGCCAUUUUAGCCCUUCGGAACCUGGGUAGAAGACAAAACCAGCUCUUUCUUCGUCAUGCUCAGACCCUGCUGAAGAAGCCCCCCAAUCCGUUCUCAGACCAGGGACUCUUUGAGGCGAUAGAUGUACCUGCAUCCGUGGAAGUGCUUCUCACCUGCAUUUAGAAAUUAGCUUGGAGAAGAGGAAAAGCAGGGCCCAUGAAUUCUUAAGGGUGAAAGGAUGAAGGACUCCCUUGGAGUGGGUUCUUCAUGGAGCUAAGGAUCCCAAAUACUGGGGAAAGGCACAGAGGGAUUCCAGAAAGUACAGGUGUCACUCCCCCCAAGAAUAAAAGGAAGGUGUUAGUUCGGCAACCUUUCUUGACUUUCCUUCUCUCCACUGCAACAUCCCCCUCUGCUUCCUCUAGAUGGAUGUCCAACUGGUUCCCAGAUUUUCCUCUCCUGCUCCUAAGCAGCUGAUUCCGCUCAUUUCUAAGAAAUAGGAGAUAAACAUAUUCUCUCUCGAGUGGGAAAUUCUGUUUAUGCCUCUUCUCCAAAAAAGGAAUUCUUUCCUUUAAAUAGGAGCCAGGGGAGGUCAAUACUCAACCCAGAUAUAGGAAAUACAAAUAGCGGAAUUCUAAGAAGACAAAAUACAAUAGAAUAAACAUUUUUCAAGUGCCGACUAUAUGGAAGAAGAAUGGAGACCCCAGGAGAUUGAAAGUUUAAAUAAGAUCAUGACCCCAUCUUUGGGGAUCCUCUCAGUCUAGUUCUGAAUUAGAUAUAAACAUAGAUAAUUAUAUACAUAAUUAAUUCAACAUUUAUUAAACCAUACUGUGUACUCAUUAGAGUGCUCAUUAGAGCACUGAGGGAGAUAGAAAAGACUAAACUUUUUUAGCUAAAAUGUCCUUGACUUCAUGAAGUUCAUAGUCUAGUAGGGGAGUAAGAUGCCAUCAGAAGCUAUAACAUCCAAUAUUUCCUAAAUAGUAUCAUUAUGUGUUAUGUGUGAUCCAUUAUGGGAAGUUUAAUCCUGACUGGUGAAAUUAGGGUUGAGACCAAGGGAUUCCUUCCUUUGCAUGUAAGCAGAGCCCUGACAGGAAGGACUGGAAAGAAGGCCCCAGUCCUAGGAUGCCUGUGGGUCCGCCCAGUCAUCUUGGGACUCUUGAAUUGGGAGGUGGGGUAGGAUAUGAUAUGAAUGCCUGAAUCAUCCAUUCCCUCUCGGAAGCAGAGAAUUCUUCCCAGUUAUGACAGGGAGAACAACUUCACAUGCUCAAUGUUCUAUAUUUAUUUUUAAAAUAAAAUUGUAUUAUAUAAGAA